AAGUAGUUAAUUGUAUCUUAAAUAAAACAAAUUGCCAUUGUGAACUAGAAGGGACAUUCUUCUAACUUGAAAAUAUCAAGGAGUGGUUACAUAGACUUGGAAAGAGUUGUUAGACAGUUUGAUAUUAGUAACAUCCAAAUGGUGUUAGUUAGUUGGACUUGUUGAAGACGUUUUGACAAAACAGUAAAGGAACCCUGAAUUUCCCUCCAAAAUUACCAACUUUUCUUUUGGGUGAGUGAGAGUGGAGUAAAAGAGUGAAGUUGAAGUGAUAUUAUAUAUGGGUCCGGGUCCCUGACAUGUGUAUGUUAGUAGCUCAACUCUAAGUUCUUGAUGUAUACACAUGGAGUCUCAUGUAGUAUCAUUCAACAGAAAAUUGUCUCAUACUCGGGUUUUUCAUGUCCAGUGUUUUUUGUAGUGGAUGUAUGGUAGUACCAUCCGUAUGUUCUGGAUCGGUUUUAAUUAUAUAUACAUGCUCAAAGGAAAGGGCAAGGCUACCCAUAGCUACGGCAUUUCUUUAAACAACGAGACAGUGAACUCUCACCUUUUCUUCUACUUCCUCUUAUCAUUAACUUCUCUCUUUCGUGUCACUUCUUUUGAGAAUGCCGUUCCCAUACUCUCCUUUAGCUUCUUUACUGCCAUUCUCUUCUCUGCGCUCUGAAUAACACAACAAUAAAAAUUGAAGGCAUAAAUUACUAGCUAGCUUCUUACAAACUGUACUUGACAAUGGAGUUGGACCUAGAAGAGCCUCAAGCUUUAUACUACACUUGUGAAGAUUCAAUGUUUGAUAACAUUUUCGACAUUGAGUCCCAACACAUGCCUUCAAAUUCCAACCAUAUCGAUCCUGUUUUUCGCCAACAAGCAAUGUCUCUCAUUUUAAACCUGUCGUCGCACAAGGACUUGGAUCCGUUUGUCACGUAUCUUGCCAUCAAUUACCUUGAUCGCUUUCUCUCCACCGGGGCCAUUCAGGAUGGGAAAACAUGGAUCUUGAAGUUAGUGGCAGUUUCUUGUGUUUCCCUGGCUUCAAAGAUUUGCAAAACAGAGGUAUAUGUCACUCACAUUCAGCAUGAUGGCAAAUUUUACUUUGAUAAAAAAGCGAUUGGGCGAAUGGAGUUGUUAAUCUUGGAUGCUCUGAAAUGGCGAAUGCGGUCAAUUACUCCCUUCUCAUUCAUUCAUUUCUUCGUAUCAUUCAUCGAGGUUCAAGACCCCCCAUUGACGCAGGCACUUACAGCUCGUGCUACUGAAAUAAUCUUUAAAUCUCAAUGGGAAUUCAGAAUUUUGGAGUUCAGGCCAUCACUAGUAGCAGCAUCAGCUGUUCUCUCUGCUGCUCAUGAACUGUUUCCUUCACAGUUUUUAUGCCUAGAGCAUGCCAUGUUGACUUGCUCCUAUGUCAAUAAGAUAAAUUUUGAGAAAUGUAAAACCAUAAUGCAAGACAUUGCUAAAAAUGGGUACGAAUCAGUAUGUGACAUAGUCUCCAACACUCCGGUGGAUGUACUUGAUCAGCGACAAUGGUCAAGUUGUUCAGGCUCAACAGGCACCGGAUUUGUAGAGAUGAGAGAUUGUAAGCGUCGGAAAGUUGGCAAUCACGGAAGUUACUAAACGUCUGAGAUUGAGCAGUGUUAAUUAAUCAGGUCCAGCGAGAAGGAAAGAGACAUAUCAAGAUCAACUAAGAAGCGGAUAAUGAAUGGUGAUAUCAAAAAGAGAAAAUGUAUACGUAGUUACCCCAAGAGAGACAAUGGCAAUAAUGAGGGAAAGGGAAAACACUAUAAAAUUUAAUUUCUUUUUGAUGUGGGGUGGGAAAUGGGAGGGGCCAAAGAGAGACAAAAUCAAAAUAUGAAUGCAGUUCUCCAUUUGUAUUAUUCGCAUUGCCUGUUUUUCUAGUAUGGUAUUUAUGUCCCUCAUUCUGCAGAACAGUA